UGCGAGUAUAGUGUUUUGUUUUUUUCCGCAAAGAAUAGUCAGACACGAUGUAAUAGAUCUUUGUUGCUUCGAAAUUUUGCUUUGACACGUUAAUGAUAAGUUAAAGCGAAAAUUAUACUUCGUCUGCACGUAUUCAAAAUUGUACACAAGAUAGGAGUGCAUUCGUGAAGCAAGUUGAUAUUAAUUUCGUACGUAACGCGUUAAGACACGUAAUUUAGCAAUGGCGUAACAGCCGCGGUGUAUAUCAAGAGUAGCUGCCCAAUAUUUAUUUCAAUAUAGAGCUUCGUAUACUUUAACAGCCUGUAAUAACCGCGCAGACACCGACCAAACAACAUGUAUCGAAUGAUCGCUGCUGUUCUUUCCUUAUACUUGUGCUUAACGUGUCGGGCCUUUGAAAUCGAUGAUUGCGGCUCGAAGGUGGGAAAGUUUACAUCCAUUAAAUUGGACUGUGAUAUGGCUAAAAGUGAAUGCGAAUUAAUACAGAAUACGAACGUAACAAUUACUAUCGAUUUCACAGUUGAUAAGGAUGUUUCGAAAGUUACUGCAAUUGUGCAUGGUAUUAUAAUGGAUGUUCCUAUACCUUUUCCGUUGCCUAAUGCAGACGCUUGCGCAGAUUCUACUUCAGGACUUACAUGUCCUUUAGCCAAGGGUGGCCCAUACAAAUAUAAAAAUAUGUUAGCAGUGCAUAAAUCUUAUCCUAAGCUGUCCGUCACCGUGAAAUGGGAAUUGAGAGACGAAGACAAUGAAACCAUUAUUUGUUUGCUGAUACCAGCAAAAAUUAAAUAGGUAGUAUUAAAGUAACAUUUAUUGUAUGAAGAUUUGUCACGAAUCUAUGUAUUCUACAAUAGCUGUAUGAAAUAAAUACAAAAAUUUGGUAUUAAAAAAUUUUA